AUGCACACCGUCUUCACGGACUGUCAGGUCGGUGGUGGGGGUGGUUGCGACGGCGGCGCCAGUGCCGGUGCGUCAGCGCUGAACGCCGGUGACGGCGGCGCAGUUUCACAGCCUUUAACACCCACAGAGGACAUCCCCGCUUCGUUGCCUUCCAGCCUCUCCUUGCCUUCCACGUUUGCCCAACACGAUGUUCCCUCCGAGGCCGCAGUUGCAGCCCCCUGCGCUACCACCUCCAAUGGCGAAGCCGGUGCUGCUCCGCUUGAAGUGAACGUUCAACUCAACAUCUCAGACGCAUUCGAACAGACCGAUCCCGAGGUUGUUCGUUCCUCGUCCAGCCGCAUCUUGCGGGCAUUCAUCGUCAUCAGCUUGGACAAGGCGGCCGAGUCGUCGGAGGAUGUGCACAUCUCGGCCCACGCCAGCGUUCGCGCAGAGGCCUCUGUGAGCAGCGUCAAUGGGGCUUGUGGGGACACCUCGUCUUCGGACGAGGAUCGCGACUCGGGAACUCUGUCUCCGGUACCGUUGAAUCAGGCGCAAACACGCCAGCUUCGAGAAUCCGCUUUCGGGAACCUUAAUGAUGUGGAGAGGCAAAUCGCUUCACGAUUGGCCGAACUUGGCGACCUUGUGCAGAACCAAUGCGGUGCCGAAAUUGAGCAGCUAAUCGAUCAGCUCGGAAAUAUCGAGUCGUUCAAUAGUGUCUUAGGUAGAAUCGCAAAAAUGGUGUUUACAAACAACAGCAUAAACUGGGGACGCAUUGUCGUGCUCUUCUACUUUGGAUUCCGAAUUUUCCUGCGCUACGUGGGCCAAGGUGUUCGUGAGGCCAUAAUCGCCGUUUUCAAUAAAGUCGUCGCUGCUCUCAACGAGAUUUGUUCCGCUCGCAUUUUCCGAUGGAUCGCCAACCACGGGGGCUGGCUUCGUGUCACGGAGAUGCGGAGACGUUCACGCACAACCGUCGCCACCUCCACCUCCACUGACCUCAUUUCAUCGUCGUCGUCGUCCCUGCUCGGCAUUUUCUCCAGUCUGUCUCUAGUGGAGCAAACGACUGUGGUCGCGGCGAUCGUGGUUGUCAUCGCAUUCUUUCGAUGUGUUUUGUCGCGGUUUAUUUUGUUUCACUGUGACCCCUUUCCGCCACCGCCGCCGCCACCGCCGCCGCCACCGCCGCCUUUCUACUCCUCCCUUUUGCAGCCAUCUUGA